AUGGUUGGUGUUGGAAUCAAAGGUAUUCUUGUUUAUGAUAAAAAUGGAUUGUUAUUAGCAAGUAAAGAUGUUUCAAUAUCUCCUGGACCAAUAGCAUUAUUAGCUGAAUUUGCAGAAUCAUUAUCAGGUGGAAAAACAACUGUUUGUCUUGAACAUAAUGAAGCAUCUCAUAUUUAUCCGAUGAGUUCUUUAACACCAUCACCAGUUACUACCAUACUUUCCGAUAAUCUUAUUCAUUAUUGUUCAGGUUCAAUUCCAAUAUCCUUUACUGAACUCAAUUUAAAACAAACAUUACUUGGUGGACAAUCAUUUCGGUAA